GGCUAUUACGGCCGCAGCUCGGUCUGCGCGCCGUAUCUUCAACUAAAACAUUCCUAUCGCAAUCCCAUGCUCGAGGUGUCCACAGCGUCCCGACGUUGAUGUACGAUGCCACCUUCAGAGAAAAUGGCGUUUCAGAGUUAUUAUCGCCAGAGGGCUACGAUAUGGCCUGGACCCAAUAUCAAGGCAUGGUGGUGGACAAAUUGAACUUGUUGACGGCUGGAACGCCCGACGAGAGUCUGCCGGCAGGAUCGCUCCUGCUCAAAUACGCCCGAGAUGCCAGUAUGGCGUCGCUCUUCAACUAUGCCUCGAUGGCACAUAACAACCAUUUCUUUUUCAACUGCAUUUCCCCCGAACCCGUCGCCAUUCCUCAGAAACUCGAAGAAGCUAUCGACGAAUCAUGCUCCUCCCUGGACUCACUCAAAGCGGAAUUCCUCGCAACCGCCAACGCUAUGUUUGGUCCAGGAUUUGUGUGGUUGGUCAAGGUUAAGGAUACCGCGGAACUGAAGAUUCUCUGCACCUACAUCGCCGGCUCUCCUUAUCCCGGAGCGCAUUUCCGUCGUCAGUCUGUCGAUAUGGCAACCCAAACAACCGGAGUUGCCGGAGGUGAAAACCCCCAAGUUGCUAGUAAAUUAGCAACAAGAACAUUCGGUGCGAUGGGACCGUAUUCAAAGAGCAAGGUUUUGGCUCCCGGCGGUGCCGACAUUCAUCCCAUCCUCUGCGUGAACACCUGGGAGCAUGUUUGGCUCCGAGACUGGGGCAUUGGUGGUAAGCCCGGUUACCUUGAGAAAUGGUGGGACAGGAUCAAUUGGGACGAGGUAUUCCAAAAUUACAAUCAGGUUGGACCAGAGUCUGUACUGAGCUCCAAGCGGUCACGGAGCCAUGCGCCCUAUUACUCCUGAACAUGCAAGUUUUGACCUGAUGAUUAACCGUUCUCAGCGAUGUAUUAUAUAAAUCUGUGUCUUUUUUAUCUUUCCUCUUGGUCAAAUGCAUCGUACUCAGGUUUACUGUAUCUAUAAAUGUAU